UUAUAUAGUAUGCCUUUGUUCACUCUGGUCAUUUGUUAGAGCCUUCGUACAGGGGAGGGAGGAUGGGUACGCUGCUUCCAACCUCAACGGCAGCUCAUGAAACAUCAGAGAAUCGAAAUGCUUCGCAACAACUUCACCCCCAAAAAGAUAUUGAUGCAGGCGCUCUAUUUGUCCUCAAAUCAAAAGGAUCUUGGCUGCACGGUGGUUACCAUUUGACAACAUCAAUUGUGGGUCCACCUCUCCUAAGUCUUCCAUAUGCUUUCAAAUUCCUUGGAUGGACGGCUGGAAUAUUUUGCCUAGUGAUUGGAGCUCUUGUCACUUUCUACUCCUACAAUUUAAUGUCUCUUGUUCUUGAGCACCACGCUCAGUUGGGUAAUCGUCAGCUACGAUUCAGAGACAUGGCUCGCGACAUUUUAGGUCCACGAUGGGGUCGUUAUUUUGUGGGGCCAAUUCAGUUCGCACUCUGUUGUGGUGCUGUAGUUGCUUGUGCUCUGUUGGGAGGACAAAGCAUGAAGCAAAUUUACCUGCUGUCAAACCCAAAUGGGAACAUGAAGCUUUACGAAUUUAUAGUCAUAUUUGGAUGCUUCAUGCUGGUUUUGGCUCAAAUCCCAUCUUUCCACUCGUUGAGGCACAUUAGUCUAGUGUCUUUGGUUCUGUGCUUAGCCUAUAGUGCUUGUGCUACUGCUGGUUCCAUAUGUAUUGGAGACUCAUCUAAAGGACCAGAAAAGGAUUACUCUUUGCAAGCUGAUACAGAGAAUCGCUUAUUUGGAAUCUUCAAUGCUAUUGCCAUUAUUGCCACAACUUAUGGAAAUGGAAUACUUCCAGAAAUUCAGGCAACAUUAGCUCCACCUGUGAAAGGGAAGAUGUUCAAAGGACUAUGUGUUUGUUAUGCUGUACUAAUAUUCACUUUCUUUAGUGUAGCCAUAUCUGGUUAUUGGGCAUUUGGAAACCAAUCUGAAGGCCUCAUCUUAAGCAACUUUGUGGACAAUGGAAUGAGUUUGCUGCCCAAGUGGUUUGUUUAUAUGACCAACAUUUUCACUAUAGCACAAUUAUCAGCAAUUGGUGUGGUCUACAUGCAGCCCACAAAUGAAGUGUUGGAGCAAACAUUUGGGGACCCAAAAAGCCCUGAAUUCUCAAACCGCAAUGUAAUACCCAGAUUGAUUUCUCGGUCAUUAGCUAUUGUUGUUUCAACCCUUAUAGCAGCCAUGCUUCCAUUUUUUGGCGACAUAAGCUCGGUUCUAGGUGCUUUUGGGAUUAUGCCACUUGAUUUCAUUUUGCCGAUGAUUUUCUUCAAUUUGACAUUUAAGCCAUCUAAGCGAAGCCCCAUUUUCUGGUUGAACGCAACUAUUGCUGUGGCUUUCUCUGCAGUGGGAGCUAUAGCAGCAGUUGCAGCUGUUAGACAGAUAGUUCUUGAUGCCAAAAGUUACAGAUUAUUUGCUAAUGUAUGAUCACAUUGAGCUAUUUUAUGAAGUUUGCCUUCUCUAUAAUUCUUAUCUAAGUUUUCAUAUCUUCCUUUUUCCUAGAAUAUUCUCUAUUAUUUUAACCA